CCUUCGUUAGCUAAAAUUUUUGAUAAGAUUCUGAAAAAACGUAUGAUAGCUUACUUAGAUAAAUACAAAAUAAUAUCUAAUAAACAAUUUGGAUUUAGACAAGGGAAGUCAACAGAUGAUGCAAUACUUGAUCUUAUGACUAAGGUUUCCAGUAAUAUAAACUCCAAGGACCCAACUCUAUGUGUCUUUGUCGACCUAAAGAAGGCAUUCGAUACAAAGAUCGAGUUUUGCUGACAACACAGCCAUCGUAUACAGUUCUGAAACCUGGGAAAACCUAAAAACUCUAACAGAAACAGAAUUUUGCAAGAUUCUCAAAUGGUUCAACUCUAGACUUUUAACCGUAAAUUACAACAAAACUUGUUACAUCCCAUUUUCAUCCUGUGAACGAUAUAUGCCCAAAUAUUCAAAUUUAAACAUAAAACUGAAGAACAACCAAAAUGAACAAUUACAGCUAGCUUCUUCGCGCAGUG